CUUUCGACGUUGGACGACUCUCUCAAGUCUGCAAAGUUCGUCGUCCCAGCACCCUCGCGCUCACCUCACUCGAAAUUCACAAGCAUUGCGGAACCAAAAUGCGCUUCCCCGACCUUGAUGACCAUUCUCUGUCCUCAAUCCUAUCGUUCCUUGAUCAACGCGACAGUUUGACUCUCUCUCUGACCUCUUGCAGGAUUCAUUCCCUCGCAAAACGCCAUGCACUGUCAGAGAUAGACAUCAGGACGGCCGCUCAGCUGGAGAGGAUCUGCAGUUACCUCCUCGCUGAUGUGACAAACCGCCUGCACUUCGUGCGGGCUCUCACCGUGUCCAAGGUCGCUUUCGGCAUACGGUACUACGAGGCUGGAGAUUUCUCCGCUGCUCAUAUCCUCGCGGAUGUCCUCGAACGAGCAUCUCCCCUGAAGAUGCUGCGGCUCGACGCAACGGGUGCUCUAUUCGAGGCGGAGCCGCGCGUGGCAUCUGCGAUAUGUCGCUUGGACCAACUGGUGCACGUCGAUCUACGAGGUCUGACCUCCCCUUCAUUCGAAGUCGUGGACCGUCUUUCCUGUGCGCCCCGCCGGCUCAGCCUACACGGUUACGUUGCCACCUUAAGCAAAGACCGUGGCGACUGGACAUCCUUGCUGUCUGCAUCGAUCAUGCGAAGAGUCCGCUCUCUCCGUUUAGUCCGGCUCCGUAUCGGGAAUCCAAGGGACCACUCAGGUGACGAUAACCCUUGCCACACGCCAACGCAAUGGCCAGAGGUCAGGGAUCUACAGAUUGAGCAUACCUUCGUCUCUGUAGCCACUCUCGUCCACACAUUUCCAUUGGCCAGGACGAUACACUUCCAGACUAGAAAAGACAUAAAGGACUGGGAACAAAGGAACCCGGCUGAUUUGCCCCCAUGGUCUCUGACUACCGAAACGGCAUGUUGGCCGUAUCUCGACCGCGUCGACGGAAGCAAUCCGGAUUUCGAGCGUUGGAGGAUAGCGUGCAAAGUACGGUGGCUUAUACUGGACUCCGGGUCCGGAUCCAUGAUCAGCCGCACCGUGACGUUCGUGCAGCAGACACUGUCAAUCCUACAGCGUACUUGGCCUGUCGCCUUUUCCCUGCAUGGCUCCCCUGGCAUGCUGGACGCGACGUUCUGGGGGGAUUUAGUCCGUAGCGCACCCCACAUUCGCUACCUCGAUCUUACGCUGGCAUCCGGUGGCAAGGAGGAGGACAAGAUACCAUGGACAGUGAGUCAGCCAACAUAAUAAUACACACGAAGUUCAUACGUAUCAUACUACAGGGCAUGCGACUCUCAGCACUAUCACAACUACCUUUGGUCGCUCUGCGCCUCUGC